AUGGAGAAGAAGGAUAAGUGUGACUUGGCCGAGCUGAGAGGAUGGAAGUGGGCGUGUUGGGUGCUGUGAGCAGAGGGGAGGACCCGUUCACAUUCACACAGAUCCGGAGCGAAGAGGAACCGACUACCGUCGAGCAGAAACAACAGCACUGGGAAGUUGUGACCAGAGGAGCUCCAACCUCUACGACCAGGAAUCCCGCGCCGGACCAGGACCCCCGUGGUUGACUCCCAGUCCCAAGCCGACAAAACCACACCACUCCGCGGGGGAAAGGGUCCGAGGGCGGAUGUGGCGCACCCAGGGGGGGUCGUCGGCUUGUAACCCGAAGCGCAGAAGCGGCUCCCGGUUUGGGGUCGCCUUCCCCCCGGGUGAGGGAUGGUGGAGCCCGGGGAAACAUGGAGGAUGAGGAAGAGCGUGAAGCUGGACGAGGCCCAGGCGUCCGCCCGCAGCUGCGCGGGGCGACCGGACUUCUUGCCGUGCCGUGACGGCGCGCAAUCCGCGUGCACGACGCACAGCCACGGCAAAUGUUUCAAGUUGCACUGGUGCUGUCUGCUGGGGUGGUGCCACUGUAAAUACGUCUACCAGCCGAUGACCGACGUGGUCCAGCUCCCCAGCACGCCCAUCCCCUCCGGCCCGGCAGGCCACGCCCCCUCGCUGAGCCUCUCCGCCCUACUGGCCGAGCGCUUCCUGAGGACCGCCUCCUGCCUGGUCUCCCCGACGACCUCUGACCCCCUGGGCCUGGGGGCUCGCGCCCCAAAGAAGGACUACGCCGUAACACGCAUCGACGGGCGGGCCUUCUACGUACCCCUCGCUCGGCGGACUGCGACCUCACGCACGUCUCAGACGACCAGCGUGCCGGAGAACGCAGAACUUUGGGAUAAUGCCGAACUUCAGGAUAAAGCCAAACCUCGGGGUAAAGCUGAACGCGGUUUACGACCGUGUUCUCGGUCGGUUUUGUCCCGUGGAGAAGCUCCGCUCCGAGGGGAAUCUCCAGCCCAGAGACAGGCCUCGGACCAAGGGUUGGCUGGGCAGAAAUCCUGGGGCGGCCGCUCUCCUGCCAGCCUGGAGGACUCGGGAAAACCCGGAGUGGACCAAUGCUGCGCGGAUCCAGAGCCCGACGAGGGACAAACCGACAUCAGCGAGGCUCUUUACGAGGAUCUAAAUGAGGAAAUGAAUGAGGAUCUUAACGAGGGGAAGUGGGAUCUUCCUCCCCUUUCUGGCUCAGGGUCUCUGCAGGACUUGGCCGAGGCCCUGGAAACCACAGUCUGACACACGCACGCACGCACACACACACACACACACACACACACACACACACGCCGCAUGCUAUAUGUAAGCAAUUUCAACUAGGGUUCGAACCGCUGGGUUGGCUUGUCACGGUUCGGGGCGUGUGCGUAUUGUCCGGUUCAUUCUGUUAAAAAUUCAUUCUAAAAAAGGGUUGCUUGUGACCUGAACCGAACCGUGAACUCUGAACCGCUCCACCCCAGAUGUAAACGGUUCUGUUUAAUCUCUGCUGUUGAAGGUGGUUUGAAUUUCGCAGUUGAUCGAGGGUAACAACUCAUACCACUAAUAAAAAAUGCUUUAAUGGAAA